ACAAUAUAUGCUCGGUUAAGAACGCAAAAUCCCGAUUUCCAACGAAAAACAAAAACGGUCGAUCAGGUCCCUUCUUAUUGAUUUAGGCUUUUGACAGCGAACCUCUAUGACGAUUUAUUUCAUGCUACACCAGGUACAAAGGUUUACUGUGUACCUACAUUCCCUUCAUCAUGAUAGGCACAAUGACAACGAGCGAGCAGCAAGCUGUCGCCAACGUCCAGUCUCUAAAAGUCACACCCAGGUCCUAUCGGUCUAAUCCGUCCAUACAAGUAACUCCCGACAAACAAAUAAAAAAGGUCGAGGCUCCAAUAGAAACUCCAGGCAAAGGGCAAGUCUUGGUUCACAUCAAGGCGACCGGAAUCUGCGGCUCAGACAUUCAUUUCUGGAAAACAGGUCGAAUAGGUUCACUCGUCGUGAAUUGUGAUUGCAUACUCGGCCACGAAGCAGCAGGCGUUGUGCUACAAUGCGGCGAGGGCGUGCAAAAUCUUCAACCAGGUGACAGAGUGGCAGUGGAGCCCGGGGUGCCUUGUGGAGACUGUUUCUUGUGUAUGGAUGGCCGAUACAAUCUGUGCGAAGAUGUUCAAUUCGCUGGUGUCGCUCCCUAUCACGGCACGCUUCAGCGCUAUAAAGUGCAUCCGGCAAAAUGGCUUCACAAGCUGCCAAGCAAUCUUAGUUUUGCCGAAGGUGCUCUUCUUGAACCGCUCUCUGUAGUCCUGCAUGGAAUCGAAGAGGCUGGCCUUGGAUUGGGACGAGGAGCACUUAUCUGCGGCGCUGGACCUAUAGGGCUGAUUGCGCUGGCAGCAGCUCGCGCCUCAGGAGCGCAUCCGCUGGUAAUAACAGACUUAGAUGCCGGCCGUCUUAGCUUUGCUAAAGAGUUUGUUCCGAGUUGUAUGACAUAUCAAGUCGAUUCGUCUUUAGACGCUGAAGGCAAUGCGAGAGCGAUCCGCAAACUGUAUGGAGAAACGGAAUACGAAGCACCCAAAACGGUGCUGGAAUGCACCGGAGUCGAGAACAGCAUAUGCACUGCUGCAUUCGCAGCUAGGCGAGGAGGAACCGUCAUGGUUAUUGGUGUUGGUCGUGAGAUCAUGAACAACCUUCCUUUCAUGCAUCUGUCGCUGGCUGAAAUCAACCUGAAAUUCAUCAAUCGCUACCGCGACACGUGGCCGGCGGGCAUAGCAUGCCUGAGUGGUGGUAUCCUGGACCUUAAGAAACUUGUUUCGCACACGUUUCCGCUUGAGCAUGGACUGGAAGCAUUGGAACUUUGUGCGGAUAUAUCGAAGGGAAGCAUCAAAGUGCAAAUUGUUGACGAACAGGAUGCAUUCUUGUAGAUAGAGCAAGAGGACUGACAUUGUAGACCUCAUCGUCAGAGAAGCUAACCUCACGUUGUGUACAAUGUUUGCAUAUGUUUCCUGCACAUUACAGGGACAAUCUGUCCUCUAGGGCUAGCAGCUUUUGCAUACGACGUCCG